AAACAUUUUUCACAAUAAAAAAGGGGAAAAUAUAUAUAUAUUGAUGCUCAAUUUAUGUACAUAAACAAAUUUUGCAAGUUUCGACCUUUUUUUUUUGUUUCCUUUUUUUGGCGCAAAUAAGAGUACAGAAUCAUCAGUUCCUCACCACACAGAUGCUAAGCUUUGCCUAAUAUGCCUAUUUUUAUCAAGCUAAAAGGCCUUUUCCGUGGCCAUAAUAUGCAUCAAACCAAAAGGUUAAAGAACCAAUAAAUUUUAAACAAGGCAAACAAAAAAUAUCUAGCUAGGACCAAGCCUCAUAAUUAAAAAAAUGAAAAACCAAGAAGGUCCCCCAAGACAACUUUUGUCAUCUCAUAUUUGGUUUUGAGUAGGUUUUUCUGUAGAAUCAGCAGAUGCAACCUUGGCAGAAUGGCUUUUCUUAGACACCCAGAAGAAACAACCACCAGGGAUCUUCUCUUCAUCGAGAAUCCUAUCAGUCUUUGCCUCUUCCUUCUCCAUUUUCUUCAUUUUCUCUUUAUGCAGAGAUCGCAUCACGUAAGCUUCUGCUAGACCAACUCCUGCAAAACCAACUCCAGCCAUUGCCUAACUGACAAAAACUUGCACUAGGAAAUCUGGGAUUUGCUGGAUUGCUAUAUAUAGAACAAAGAUUCAGACCGGUUAGAUGAUUGUUAACCAGGCUUGUCUUGGAGGGCAGAAUUAGGAUGGACUGAAUGGGAUUAAUUUUCUGGAAGGAAAUUGGAAAAUUUAUAGGCUGCUGUGGCGGGGAGAAAGAGGUAGCGAAACUUCCCUGUAGGGUCAUGUCUCAUGUGGGAUGAGGUUUGAAUUGGCUUGGAGGCCAAGGAAUCGGUAGCCUGAAAUUGUUGAAUUCUUUUCUGUGGUGUCCGUUGCUAGGACGUGUCGGAUUCCAGCUAGAGUGGGAGGGUGGCGUCAGUGAAUAUGUGCUAAAAGAGUUGACCCUUGAAGUCAAAAGUUUUGUAGAUGGCGUCUGCGUCAGCAAAGAUGUGGCAUUUCUCCUCCUUUUCCUUGCGGUGUAGGCUCGUCCUUCGACCCCCUCCUCCUCGUUGGCACUUGCAAUGGCGAAUAAGCCAAGCCGAGGAUUGGUGUUAUACGGGGAUGGGUUGGCCCGUUUCAUUGAGCCAUCGCAUGCCCAUCUCCACUCUCUCGCAUCAAAAGCCAACUGUGGUUUUUUGAGCCUCCCUAAUGCUCCUCCUUCAGAAAGCGAGGAUGAUAGGAUAGUAAGAGAGUUUGCGGUACUGAUGGAUGCGUGCGAGGCAUAUUUUAACCAGAAUGGGCAACUUUCUACUGAAGCGAAGUCCCAGAAGUCAUCCUUGAUUCCAACCAUGUCAGACAGGUUUAUGGGAAUGAGAGCUGCUCUACAGACCAACAGUUCUAGUCUGAAAUCUUUUGGAGAAAAACUUGGCUUUGAUGUGUUGCAUUUGAAUGGAUUAUUUGAUAUCAAUUUUACCUUCGCACAGUCAAUUAAUUAUAUGGCUUCGGAAUUGUUGGCGUUGCUUGGAUUUCAAGAAGGAAAGAUAGUAGAUACCAAUCAAUUUGAUUUAGUAAUUGUGCAUAUUGGAUCUGGGGAGAUUGGGGCUAUUAUGCAUGUCGCUCAGCUUGGAACUGAAAUUACUUCCUGUUUACAUUUGUCCCUCGUUAUGAGCUACGGCUACGUGUCAAAGGCUGAUGGGUCUGGUUUGUCAAUAUUAAGCAAUAAUUAUGAGAAUAAUUCUCCUCUUUCAACACUCUUUCCUCAUCAAAGUCCAAGAAAUGAUGUUAGGCCUCAUAGUCCCAUGUUAGUUGCUCAAUAUCAAGAAGCUUUAACUCGUAAGGAUAUGGUAGAGAUUUUUUCUUUUGAAGAUUUCAAAAAACGUUCAGGAAAUCUCACCAUACCAGCUGACAAAUUGUUGCAUGAGAUAGCUUUUAUGCUUUGGAAGGCACCCAAGUAUGGGGCAUAG